AACGCAGACUCUUUUUUGGUCGAUUUCAAGGGCGAAGGUUAUCGAAGAUCACAACUAUGCCUUUGAUAGUUGAAAAUAUGGCUAGUUUGAUUGGGUCUAUGGCCGAUGAGGGAGAUACUCUGAGGCAGCUCAUAUAUCCUACAAAGAGAUCAAGAUCCAAUAAGCACAAUACAUCUCCUCGAGCAACGGGUGUUACCGAGAAGAGGAGACGGAAUGAGGUCGUUCGCUUUUUCAUGUACCGACAGAGCAGGCAGAGCCAUAUAAGGAUAGGGGAGGGACUUGAAUCCGAGACUGACAGCGAAGAAAGUCAGGAUGAUGAGGGCGAUUUGGAUGGCGAGGGUAUCGACACCAGCGGGGAUGAGAACGCGGGAGAGGAGGAAGAACAGCCCAAACCUACCACAUUCAGUAGCGGAAUACCACCUGCCGGCACCAGUCCCAUCGAGUCUGUAAAGCCAGGAAUCGACUCACCAGUAGCCUUGGUCUCCGGAACCAUUAACCCAUUACCACCUGCAAACACCAGUCCCAGCGAGACUGAAAAACCAGGAAUUGAUUCACCAAAAACCUCGGGUUCCGGAACCAUUAACCCAUCUCCUACAAACUCUGCAAAUUCGUCUCCUUCAAAGGGCGGUUUGGAUAGUAGUAAUCCUACGCAUCUCGCAGUUUUAAUGACAGGGAUAGUAGUUGUUGUCUUUUUUAUAUUCCUUGCAACCUGCGUAAUGAUAAGGCCUAAAAAGCAGCGGCAUCCCGGAGGGAUUUAUAGUCGAUAUCAAGGCCUGCGUCUAAAUCUCGGGCUUGCCUCGGGGUAUCAUAAAGCUCCCGUAAUCAAAAAUACUAGCAUGAAGACCACCGGUAAACCAUACUGGGAUGUAGAAUCAGCUUCGAAAAACCGUAUACCCCUUCUGUCAGGUCGAAACUGCACAACACUGAAGAGAAACACACUUCUAUAUUUCGGAAAGCCCUCACUGGAGCAAAGUCAAGCAUCCCUCACAUCAAGCCCAGACCUAAAUCUCUCGUGUUACGAGGCCACAAUUCCGCUUUUGGGCUCCCAAAGGUCUCCGACUUUGCUUGCAAAGGGCCAAGAAAAUGAGCACGCCCAGGAUAUUCUACCUUCGGGAUUCACAUCUAAGUUUUCACGGACGAAUGCGUCAGCAACGAACACGCACACAAGAUCAUCGGUACAUACACCGAAUGCUUUACACUAUACACCUAGAGUCGAUGAGAGCGAUGCGGUAACGGUACUUACAGAAGACACCGAACCUAUCCGCUUCAGAAGCACGACGAGUUGGGUGUUGCAGCAAUAGGUCAAGAACCAGCAUCACGCCCAAUUGAACCCGGAUAAGCCCAAACGACCACCUAGUGAUAUGGACUUCUCAAUUUCGGAGGAUUCCCAUGUCCCAACUGGGGUUUAACCAGGCCUUGCAAUAUGAAAUUACGUACACAAGCCUCACUUUUCAAGUUAAAGUUGCCCCUCGGGGCUAUGUGGUUCUGGUCUUUUCAAGGUGUAGCUUGAGGGCUCCAGAUUCCAUGUUUGUAUCAUCCACCGUCUUCCUACUAGUUACUCAUUGGAAUUGAAGAUGCUGAACGAAAGAGAGAGGAUCAGGUCAGAUAGUACUUUGUUUGUCCACGCUUCGUUUUCCAUCCAUCAACACAGCUUAUAGCGCAAGAAGCAUAUGCUUUCGUGAUAAUUUUCCUCUCCUUGUUUCCUUACUAUUCUAUUGAUUUCGCGUCUAUUCCGUUGCCUUUGAACAAAAGUAAUGAAUUGAGCACACUUCUGUAGCAUUAGUAUGUAUGCACAUUACAUUUAUGUAACUAGCAGCACUCAGACUGAAAAUAUAGGUUUGCUUUCCCCUUGCACUUGUAUUGCAGGGUCCUAAAACAACAGAAACCAUACCAGAAAUGACUCUGAGCUGCUGUGAUUUAGUAUUUAAGACCAGUUUAAAGGAGCCUUGAUUCACACCUUUAAAUUCCCUUUCAGCUCCAACUAUACAUAAAGUGAUGUUUAUCUACUUGACAGGGAGAUCAUAUAAUCUCCUGUCUACGCCUGCCCAGUCAGCCAAGUG